AUGACUAGAUCAAUUUUCGUUACAGGCGCUACUGGCCUAGUGGGUAGACACACAGUUGAUCUACUACUUAAGGAAGGAUAUCACGUGACAGGACUUGCAAGAUCUGAUGCUUCUGAAAAGGCACUCAAAGACAAGGGUUGUGAGGUUAUAAGAGGGGAUUUGGAGGACAUCGAGGCAUUGAAGAAAGGAGCUUCAGAAAGUGAUGGUGUCAUCCAUUUGGCAUUUAUCCACAAGUUUGAGGAGUUCGAGAAGUGCGCAUUGAUUGAUCGAGCCGCCAGUGCUGCGAUGCUUUCUGUUUUAGAGGGUACAGACAAGCCAUUCAUCAACGUUACGGGAACUUUGGCACUCACUGAAGAAAGCGGCAAGCCUACCGAUGAAGACAGUCCUUAUGUCGAGCACCCUGGGUUCGGCUUCCGUUCCGAAACCGAGAGGCAGGUGUUGGCCUAUGCUUCGAAAGGUGUAAGAGUGAUGAGUGUCAGAUUUGCACCUACUGUUCAUGGAAAGGAUGAUCACGGCUUUAUACCUAUACUUUCUGGAAUUGCGCAAAAAUUAGGAUACAGUUUUUACAUAGGAGAGGGUAAGAGUGUUUGGCCUGCUGUGAAUGUUGAUGAUACUGCUUUAUUACUUUUGCUUGUUUUAAAGAAAGGUAAGGCAGGAAAAAUUUAUCACUCUGUGGACGAGUCUGGUGUUUCCUGGAAGGUUAUCGCUGAGGCCAUUGGUAAGAAACACAAUUUGCCAGCCAAAUCUAUUACCUUUGAAGAAGGCCAGAAGGUAUUGGGAUUCUUUGCUGGUGUGAUUGCUUUCGGGGAACCUUCGUCGAGUGAAAAGACUCAGAAGGAAUUGGGAUGGAAGCCAACUCAUGCCACUUUAGUGGAAGAUAUUGCUGAAUUUUACUGA